AUAUAUUAUAUAAUUCUGUGUCAUACCAGUUAAUUCACAGCACCUCAAGAAAUGGAGAUUUGGUUUAGUGGCAAAAAAAAUAAAUAAAAAAUGCCACAGUAACUGGUGAAAAAGUGUAACUUACCUGACACAAAGAAAAAAAAGAAGUGCAGUGAGGCAUUUCACACAACAAACAUAGACACUCAGCAACAGUCACAUCUGUGACAGGCCUCUGUGUUCCAGGAAGUAGUGUGACAAACUCAGUCGACUGAGAGAGCAUCAGUUCAAAAGCGCAUGGGAUGUCACGGACGUCAGGCCUCUCUAGGUUCCACCGCUCCUCUCCACCAUGAUCAACACUUACCAGACCAGCCUGGCUCCACCACCGGUGCCUCCACGACUCAGCAGGUCUCAGCCAGUUCUUAUCCCAACUGCACUUCCAUCACAUAGCCAAACCAGCCCUCUGACCCGGUGUUUGGCUGGUAUAGUGGUGCUGCAUCUGUUGCUGUCUCUUGGAGGAUUCAUCUACCUGUACCGCAAAGACAAAAUGGAACAUUUUCCAGCUGGAGAAAAAGCUGCUUAUUCCACCUCAGAAAGGCAGGAAAUGUACUAUAAAUCCCUUGCUCACAUGGUAGUGAGCAAAGACACAGCAAGUAGCAAAUCACAGGGUUAUCUCCAGUGGGAUAUGAACCAGUCAGUUCUAAGGAAGAUCAACUACUACCAUAAAAGCUGGUUGACAAUCUUUGAGCCUGGCGAUUACUACGUCUACUCCAGGGUGACCUUCUCCAAAGAAGACCCUGUGCAACCACUGCUCAGCAGGGUCAACCUAAGGAAGAACGAGACGGGGAAGAACAAGCUUGUGAUGGAAGCCUACUGCAGCCUGGGCAGUGGCUCUACAUCUGUCCCUCGCGUCUGCACAGCAACACAGGGAAAGCUGGUCACAUUGGAAAGGGGAGACCAGCUCAGUGUCUGGGUACAUAACACCUCACUGGUGGACUACAGCGAAGGUGCGACAGCCUUUGGGAUGUACAAACUAUAGGAUUUCUAUUUGAGCACAUGGACCCACAUGGAGAUGAAGAGUGGGGAAAUGGAUGAACUUUAUAUGGUGACUCUUUAACAGACUGGAUGAAUGUAUUUAUUGAUGUAAAUGGUGUUCUAUGAAAUCAAAUUUUAAUCGGAAACAUUUCUACUCUUCUCACUUAUUCUCGCCUGUGUCCAGUUUCAGGUGCAGGUUAAAUUUGUCUUAUUUUCACUCUCAGGUGAAGCAAUUAUAAAGUUUGCGAGACACCCUCACCUGGUAUAGAGCAUUUUCAUGUAAAAACGUAGAAUAUUUAAAAUUGUAUCUAUCAGACUAGAAAAACACUCCACUCACUUGCAGGUGAAUUUGUAGAAUUAAAAAUUUCCUCUGUGCUUGUUCAACGGAUUCUCCGAGGGCUACUCAUAAAAUACUAACUUUUAUUGUUUGUUGUGAAAUUGAAGUCAGCCCUAGUCUAGGUCACUGUGGUUUUACAUUUCUGGGACACGACAAACCACAUUGUCAAGAUUCAUUUUCUCACGUCAAGUCCAACACGACCACUGAAGCUGCAGACGACUUGUGAAGGGCUUUAUUAUUUCGCAGGAAACAGACUGUCCCUGGCGGAAGGGGAUUUUAUUUAUUUUAGUGGCCACACCAGUACAUUCUACUUCCAAACUGAUACACUUUGUCAUGUACUGAGUCCUUGUUUUCAGGCAGCCAAUGGUUUCAAUUCAUUUCCAACUGGUGUACGAAUCUUCCCUUCAACUUAACUUAUUUUAAUUCCAUUAGUUCAUUGUCCAAUAAAUUUGUUAUAUAUAUAUAUAUUAUCGUAAUAAAUGUGUGUAUAAAAAGAUGGAUGAGUACAUUCUGAAAAACAGCAGCAUUAAUCAUUCACAGUUCAUACUUUGACCCAGUUGCGCUCAUCCUGCAGAUGUGAGUUCAGGAGUAAAAAGCUGUACAUGUUGAGUAAUAUCACGGUUCCGCCGCCACCAACUCAUCAGCAGCGAAGGCAGCACUUUAGUUUAAAGUUAGCACCUCUUUGCAAAACUCUCAUUUCUCAUUUCACCACUGUGGUGGAGUACAAGAGCAUGGAAAGAGUGAAUCUCUAUGAAGAUGUGUGCAGAUGCAGAGGCGGCACACUGUUACAGGAUGUCUUCUGUGCUAGUCACUCCUUCCAUCCUGUGAAAGGGGUUCUUGCUACUAGAUAUGAACAACCUACAAAUUCCUCAACCACACGUGUGUUGAAGGCAGCAUGGAAAAGCCCAUCUCUGUGGAUUUCCAGUAUGAAUGGAGGAGCACGCGGUAUGUUCUGUGCGGUUGACUCAACCUCUGGAGUUUUCCGUUUGUCACGUGGCGAAAUUCAAUCGAAGAACCUGCUUGUUAUAUUAAACUUUUAAUAAAAGAAUGAUCAUACCAAACAUAAAGUACAGGGUAUCUAGAAAAAAAAAAAAAAGCAUUACACUUGCAACAACAAUAAUUGCAUAGAACAAUCUUUCCAAAAAACAACAACAACAA